AUGCAAACUGAAAAGCAGCGCCAGCCGCACCCCGUGCCUGUCGCCGGCUGCCUCGUGGUGGGAGAGCCCUCCCCAACCCCAUUCCCACACCCAGAAGGGGCCGUAUCCUGCCGGCAGCCUUUGCGGGAGGAGGUUCACUGGAAGUUGGUGGGGAAACGUCGGGGGAGCGAGGCGGGACAAGGAUGCUCCGAUGCCUCCCCAUCCGCCUCGGAGCAGCGAUACCUCUUUGACAUCUCCAGCCUGCCUGAGGCAGAGGAGGUGACGGGCGCAGAGCUGCGGAUCUUGCGCUCCCUCCCUGAAAACCGGAGCUUGGCGCUGUCCCCCGAGGGCACCUUCCACCACCUCCUCCUUGCCCACUGCCCAGGCCGGGACGGCGAGGAGCCCCGGCUGCUGGACUCCAGGGCUGCAGACAUUUUGGACACGGGCUCCACCAGAUGGGAGGUGUUUGAUGUCUGGGAGGCCUUGCGAGAUCAGAGGGAGAGGUCGCUCUCGGGAAGGCUGCUGUGCUUCCAGCUGAGGAUCGUCUCAGAUCAGUCGGGGCAGCUCCUGCCCCCCCGGCAGCUGGGCUUCGGCAAACCCCGGCCACAGCCCCAUGAGCGAGCCCUGCUCGUGGCCUUCUCCCGCACCCAGAGGAAGGAGAACCUCUUCAAGGAGAUCCGGGAUAAGAUCAAGGCCCUAGGCAGCCCCCCCUUCCUGGAGCCCCCCGAUCCCGGCCAGGAGGCGUAUCCCAAGCGGAGGAAGAGGAGGACCACCAUUGCCGCCCGGUCUGGGGGCAGAGGCCACGGGAAGAAGGCGAAGACUCGCUGCAGCAGGAAGCCCCUGCACGUGAACUUCAAGGAGCUGGGCUGGGAUGACUGGAUAAUCGCCCCCCUGGAUUACGAGGCUUAUCACUGCGAGGGGGUUUGCGACUUCCCCCUGCGCUCCCACCUGGAGCCCACCAACCAUGCCAUUAUCCAGACCCUGAUGAACUCCAUGGACCCGGAGUCCACCCCCCCGAGCUGCUGCGUGCCCUCCAAGCUCAGCCCCAUCAGCAUCCUCUAUAUAGACUCUGGGAACAAUGUGGUUUACAAACAGUACGAGGACAUGGUCGUGGAAACGUGUGGCUGCAGGUAG